CAAUUAGGUAGGCGGACACAUGCAUGAGUGUGGUGGAACGCACCGUCCUUUGCAUAGAGCGGCCGCACUUCUGCGGACGUGCGUGGGAUAGGUGCAACCUUCACCGCCCCUGAAUAUUGCCCCUAGCCAUUGUUGUCGUAGUGCUGUUUCGCUUAAGUAGUGGACAGAGCACGGUGGCUACAGCCUUUCGAGAAUCACACUUUGCCACAGUGCGCUUUGUACCAUGUCGACAUUAACCAUGCCAUCAGCUUACCACUCCACGGACAACGCCAGCUCUGCUCCACAAUUACUGAGCGCGAUUGACGGAAUAACUGAAGUUCCUGAAGGCGAACCGGUACACUUGGAGCUGCGCGUUUCACCUCCAGACGUCCAGGUCCAAUGGUUCAAAGAUGGACGACCUCUAAGCGCUGGUUCCCGAUUCAAUACAAGCUGCGAACGCGGUUUGGUUAGUUUGGACAUCAUCUAUACGUUUCCAGAGGAUAGUGGAACCUAUCAGUGCGCUGUCAUGAAUCCAUUUGGAAUGACCAAAACCGAUCCGAUCGCCGUCACCGUUCUGGCGGAGAUCGGUCCAGGUCAAGACGAACAGGAGGCCCAAUGGGCAGCAAUGUACCAGGCGACUUCCGCCCCUACCAAAGAAUACGAACGCGACCAACGUACGCAGCCCAAGUCGGUGCCUCAGUUUUCCCAGCAACCGGUUAUCAGUAGUUCCGAUGUGCAGGAAGGACAACCGGUUCGUAUCGAAGCUCAACUUGUGCCCACAAGUGAUGCAACGCUACAGGUUGAAUGGUACCGUGACGACCAACCUGUUGGAACAGGAAGCCGUUUCAAUGCCGUGGUGGAUCGUGGUUUCGUUGUUUUGGAGAUCGGUUAUUGUCUAGCCGAAGAUAGCGGUCACUACGUAUGUGUAGCGUCAAACGCUCUUGGGGAAGAACGAAGCCACCCAGUAGAAUUGAGAUGCAUCGCGGAGGAGCGCGUUGUAACCAAAUCGAUAUUAGACCAAACAUCCAUCAACCAUCUGCGACAAUUGGAGGAAUUCGGUGAAGAACACAGCCACCGUCCGGAAGAAGUCAAACAAGGAAUCCCACCUACUUUUACCUCUGGGAUCGAACCUUCGUCGGUUCAGGUGAACGAAGACAACCCGGUGACGUUCUCCAUUCCCGUGGACUGUGGCAACGGGGAUCGAGUAACAGUGGAAUGGAGACGUGAUAACGUAGUAGUAAAGACUGGCUCUCGCAUCACAGGCACAUUGGAGUUGGGUUUGGCCAGUUUGAAAAUUCACUACACCCAACCUACCGAUUCCGGAAGCUACACUUGUCACGUGACUACGGAAUAUGGCCAUGCUGAUAGUGAGGCGGCCACCUUGAGCUGUGAAGCCUCCGGGAGCAUUAUCGCAGCCAGUCAGCUACCGGGUGACAAGGAAAAAGGUUUGCAAGCCAUUGAAGCCAUUGAGGCUAUCUUGCAUGCUCCGCGUGGAGAAACCUUUAUUGAAGAUGGCCCUCACGAAGCUCCGAAGAUUGUGCUGGACUUGCAGCCAAUCGGUGAAGUUGAAGAAGGCAUGUCAGUCCACUUCGAAGUUCAAGUUGAGCCGGCCGGGGAUCCUUCUCUAUUCGUGGAAUGGUACAAGGAUGACGAUCUUCUGAGUAGUGGGACACGCUUCCGCGUAUCCAACGACCGCGGACUGGCUACCUUGGAUCUUUUGCAUACAAUUGAGGAGGACAGUGGAGACUACUGGUGCCGUGUACGCAACAGCGUAGGCCUACAGGACAGUCGUCGGGUUCCAUUAACAUGUAUCGCAGGUGCGUCCGUAAUCACACAAAGCAAUCUGCUCCAGGGCUCUGAGGGAUACAAUCUUAUCAAGGCCAUCGAAGAAUCGAACGAAGCGUAUCGAAACGAGGGCGACUACCUUUACGAGGAGGAAAUUGAACCUGAUUCUCCUCCGAACUUUGAUGUCAAACCGCAAGCAGCAACAAUCGGGGAAGGCUCUCCUGUUCGUUUUCUGGUUCGAGUCAGCGGAAAGCCUACUCCACACCUGACCUGGUAUUUGAAUAACGAAAUGAUCGAACAGGAUUCUAUCACCAAAAUUUACAGUGAUGGAGCCAUCAACUAUUUGGAGAUGGGUCGCUGUCCUGCAUUGCAGGGCACAAAUCAAAUCGAAGUGGUGGCCAAAAAUGAACUGGGUGAAGCGAGGGCAGACACGGUGCUCACCGUGGUCUUAGCAGAAGACUAUCGUCCAGGUCUGAAGCAUGUGCAACCGGAGAACCCGUUCAAGAAGAUGAUGGGUCUUCGAAAGGUCGAUUGCACUCCUGAGUUGAACAAAGCACUCACUCGGAGCAAACCGUCCGUUCAAGCAAUCAUGGAGAUGGAACGUGGCACCGAAAUGAAGGCUCGCACUUAUCGCUCACCUGAAGUACUCGAGGCUGAGAAAAUGUUGGACCAAUUGGCUAUGAAUCUACGCAAAUCCGAGAUUAAACGCCCUGCACCCUCCAACAACACCGAGUAGCGCGACUACCUCGCCACGUAUCACCAUCUAUCGAGGGCCUCCAGACUUCCUCACCUCUAAGAUUCAACCCAGCUUUUGGAUCAUCCUCCAUUCAGUCUUCCGCGACAGGCUUCAACAUUCACAAUGAUGCUUUACUGGGACUUCCGAUCUCAGCGUCAAUGCUUCUUUUUGUCCGGCACAGACGAACUUAUCAGGAAACCGCUUGACCGGCAUGGUCCGUUUUCUCUCUCAUUCUCUUCACCUCUUUGAUUGCAUUUUUCUUUCUGACUGAUACUCGUGCAUGCAACAUUCUGGCUUCCAGUUAUCACGGUUACACAUUGUUUUCCUUGGUUGUCUCGCGAUUGCAAACCGAUCCCGUUGCAACCAGGUCCUGGGGGCAAUUCGGAAGAAGAUGGAGGGCAUUUAACCCAAUUCUCAUCCAACUGUUGCCAUCCCUAAGAAUAGUGCUAUUAUUACCAAUUAUAUCAACAAUUGUUCCUGUUCCUUCUGUUUAAUGGUAAGCUUGUUAAAGCUUAUUACUCAUUUAUCAAUUACAGUUCCAACCGUGAAUAUUUAUCCCCGCAUUUGCCCUUAUCAAGUCCAUGUAUUAACCGAUCAAUUUGUCUUGAAAUGCACUAAUCUCCUGAUUCGCAUCC